AAAAAAAAAAAAAGAAAAAAAAAAAGAUUUAACCCGACUUUGGUGGGAUGAGCAGAAGGGUACAAUCUGACCCGCUACGCGAAACUGGUUUAUUUCACGAUCUCGACGUUUCAAGCUACGACAAUAAUGAUCAUUCCACCUGAGAAUCGUCUCAACUUCAUUGGGCGAUUCCUUCGUUUCGAUCUAAAUGUUUCGGCUUCACCAGUCGCGACCACUGCAGACCACGCUGGCUUUUUGGUUUAAUGGUUUCUUCCUUUAUCGCUUUCUUGUUUCGUUCUGUCCUUUAUUCACGUGGGCUUGCUGUUCUAUGUAUCUUUAUCGUCUCUAUCUCACAUUUCAAGAAGGCGGGCGGGGUUCAGUGGGGAUUACGUUACUUCCGGUCUCCUGCUUCCCGAUAGUGGGCGGCAAACUCGUUGCUACAAACUCGGGUGGACCGGAAUAUUGUAUACAAAUCAACGUUUACACAUGCCACUGUCCUCGGAUGGUGGUGGCGGCACCAGCAGAUGUGCAGCUUAUCACCAGCAACCAGGCAGCUGGGCUCCUCCACAAGAGAUUCCGCAAAGCGAAGAGGUUUUGGGGACCUUUGCAUACACAAGGAGUCAUGGGAAUUUGGUUUUAGCGUAUUUUAUCAUGGCAUUUUCAAGGGGCAUUGGACACAUUCGAUUGUUUUCUUCCAUUGUGGAAGCAGGACGGGAUCGACUCGGAUUGUGUGUAUAUCACGACUACGUCUGAACGGGCAGAUGAACUAGAAGGGACCAGGUUGUCUUAACUUAGCGCGGAGUUCUUGUCUUUUCAUUGGGACUGGGCUGGGG